GCAACACUAGAGCCUCCAUCGAAGCAGGGAGAGAGACAAAGAGAGAAUGUCUGAAGCAGUAGUAGAGCAGCUUCCUAGUUGCAUCGCCCUUCGGUCAAAAAGCAACGGUAAGUUCCUGCGCUAUGUGCACGAGCACGGGGAGGAGAAGUACAGGCAGCUGGAGCUCAGCGGCGAGGACGCCCUGAACCUCUUCACCAGGUUCGACGUGGAGCCGUCCCGGCUGCACGACGGCCUCGUGCACAUCCGAUGUCGCUAUAACCGCAAGUACUGGGUAGCUCGUCAGCAUGGCGACGACGAUGGGUGGAUCGUCGUUGCCGGCGCCGACGAGCCGGAGGAGGACCUGUCCAAGCCGUCUUGCACCCUGAUUAAGGCUGUUCCUGUCUCUUCCGAUGAUGAUAGCCGCGCUGCUGACGCCGGUGAUCAGCCUCAUGAAUCCGUGAUGACCUUCAGGUUCGUUCUCGCCGGCAGGCUGCAGGCCGCAGGCAAGGACGACGAUGGCAGCGGGCGCAUGUCGUUGAGCGGCACUGGUACCGUGGGCUCGUGCUUGUGCGUUGGACGCCAAGGUGAGCGUCAGCAGGUCGACGACGGCGGCUUCGUCAUCUUCAACCUGUCCAACAGCAAGAGGUUGCUGCCUAGAAUCGUGGCGUUCAAGGGUAGCAACGGCAAGUACCUGGCCGCGCGCACGAUCCAAGGCCGCAACCACCUCGUGUUCGCGUCGGACGACGUCGGGGACGCGGCCGUGGCGCACGAGGUCGUCUACGUCGCCAACAACAUGCACGGACGCUUCCGCGUCCGUAACAGAAACCUGUCCAGGCUCUGGAUGCGACCCCUCAACAUGAACUGGAUUAUUCUGGCCGACAGCGGUUCCAGCAACGAUGACCUAUUCGAGGUUCUCCAGGUGGGCGACUUGUUCGCGCUGAGGAGCACCAGAACCGUAUUUACCCCUGGGGGUGGCCCGAUGGCUUUCAGUGAUAAUUUCUGCAUCAACCAGACAGCGCCGGCUGACCGCAACUUGGUGAACGGUCUGGAUGCCGCCAGCAGCACCCUCACCAGGGAAGCUCUGGUGCAGGUGGAGGCGGCGGUCCUGCACCGCGAGAUCAGCGACAUCGUCUACUUCCUCGACGAGACCAGGGUGUACGACAGGAUGCCGGUGACGAUGGCCAUGACCGACGCCGUCAACGACACCUCCACACAAAUCACCAAGAGGCUCACCAUAUCCUUCGAGGAGACGGAGACCGCCCAGUGGGACGCCACCCUCGAGCUCACCCUAGGGUACACGGCCACCAUGAAGGUAGGAUUCCCCAAGCUCGGCCUCGGCGCCCGAGCACAACUCUCUGCCGAGUUCUUCGGAUCCUACAACUGGGGCGAGACCGUGGUGACGACGGUGAAGAAGGUGGUCGAAUACGAGGUCACCGUGCCUCCCAGAACCAAGGUCUCUGUCCAGGUCAUGGCCACCAAGGCCUCCUGCGACGUCCCCUUCGGUUACAUACAGAAGGACACCUUCACCGACGGAAGAGUUGAAACCCGUCGAAAGCAGGAUGGCAUCUUCACUGGCGUCAACAGCUAUAACUUCCACUUCCACACCACGGAGAUGCCCCUGGAGCAAAGGCUUAUAAUGCAGGCCUCUUGAGCGGCCUAAGGGAUCGAUCGGAUUAAUUACUGCAUCAUAUUAUUAUUGCUUCUGCAUGCAUGAUUGCUUCUGCAUGUGGUUACAUCCAUGCUCCUAUCACUCUGGUACAAAACUCGCUGUUAGUUCCGGUUGGUAAGGGCAAAUCUCCCGAAAAUCCAUCUGAGAUAAAAUAAUCGAGACGAAAGGGGGUCUUUAGUCCC